AUGAUGUCCGCUCCAUACCCGCAGUAUCCUGCCUCUCCUCCAGCUGCUGCCCAAUAUGUCCCAAGACCACCCGAUGCCGCACCUGCUGCCCAUCCUUUCCUGCGUGAACCCAAGCUAUAUAUAUCAAAUCUGAGUCCUCUUGUUACUGAUCUCGAUCUCGCCCAUGCAUUCGAAUAUUGUGUCCCAUUUCGGCCUACUGUCGUUCGAGACGGCACUGGCCAGCCAAUAAACGGAUAUGUUGAAUUUAAGCACCCAGAACGCGCCGAAAAAGCGUUGGCUACUUUGAACGGUUCACUUAUACCUAAUACACAGUUCUAUCUUCAUCUCUCGCCAUUCGCGUCUCAGGCUACGCCCCCACCUUUGGCAACACCUCGUCUAGUCAAGCAUCUUCCUCCUGGUACCAACGACAGCAUUCUCUACGACCUCUUCCGACCCUACGGCCCACUUGCCAGCGCCAAGAUGGAAGCCUCGUUUGGAGCAGAGUCUGGCAUUGUGCAUUUUUGGAAUGAAGACGAUGCUGCAGUCGCCGAGCAAGCAAUGCAUUGUGCAGAGGUUGGCGACCGCAAUAUCGCCGUUGUAGUUUUCCAACAACCUCGUCGGGCACCCAGUGCGCAGGACCAAUUCAACCCCAAUCCUUCUGCGCCAACAUUUGUACCAGGGAUGCCCGCGUUUCCGUUUACUCCGCCGCGUGGCUCGAAUCCCUAUGCUACUAGUAGGACGCCACCUCACCGCAGCCCACAUAGUCCCCCCAUCCCCUUCGUGCAUGGGCCUGGACAACAAGUUCAGUACGCUCCUCAGGGUUCGGGAUCCCAUAGUGGUUUGAUCGACCCAUGCAAUCUUUUCUGCAAGAAUCUUGACCCAGAGAUCGACUCCAACAAACUCUUCACGCACUUUAAGCCUUUUGGUCAAAUCGUGAGCGCUCGGGUUAUGAGGAAUGAUGCGGGCCAGAGCCCUGCGGCUGCUCUACAGGCAAUGAACGGUAUCUUCUUGGGAUCAAAGCAAAUUGCAGUUCGUUUGCAUGAACCCAAGCAACUCAGGCAAGAAAAAUUACAGCAACGUUUCUCGCCUCGUACGCGUAGCGGCGCGACUAGCCCGACACCAAGCGAAGGAGGUGAUAGUAUCUACUCUGCGUUCUCCCCUGACCGAGACUCGAUACGUGAACGCGCUGUCAGAAGGAGCUCGGGCAGCUACUAUACAGCCGCCUUGAACGGAACGCUGAACGUACCCAUGCAAUAUGAAGAACUAUCUGCGCUCAGCCCUAUUGUCCGAAGAGACGUGUUGACCGGGGAGCUCACUCGCAGGCUCAAGUCCACGGAAGGCGUUCAAGAAACCGAGGUCGAGGCAUUGGUGGAGGCGAUGGUAUCCAUGGAUCUCAAGGAGAUUGUUGAUGGCAUUCAGAGCCCCUCGUUGUUCUCAGAGCAACUUAUGCACGCACGACAGAACGUUGGUGGGAUUACUAGUAAUGGUGAAUCCUCGCCAGGUUCGGACACAGGAGCAGAAGGUAAAUUAAAACACCUUCCAUCCUCUUCCGCACCCGAACACCCUUCGACCCCAGUAUCCUUCGCAGGCUCUCGUAUGUCGCCACCGCGCACCUCUUCUCCAUCGGGGUCGGCGAUGUUUGGAACGGAUGGGAGCAAGCAAUCUGAACGCGAGCGUCUCGCCAAGGCUGUUGCGAAGAUCGAACCAAAGAAGGCCCAAGAAAUCACGGAUCUACUUCUUUCUCUCAGCAAGAAGGAGCGCGCGCUAUGCUUAUUCAAUGUCGACUAUCUCCGUACCAAAGUCACUGAGGCAAAAGACGUUAUAGAAGUUCUCUUAGAUGACAAGCCCGAAGCUGAUACCACACAAAAAUCCAAGGCUGCUCCCAAGACGCCCCAAAAGUCCGGGACCGGUCCAACUGUUGAUGUUUCGCCCAGCACACCCCCUCUCAGUUCGCGUGGUGCCUCAGCAGCCGCUUCGCCUACACCAACAACCCCGUCGCAGCCAACGGUACACACCCUGGCAACUCUGGCAAAGCUCACUGCAUCUGAGAUCGUGAUGCUUGCGGGUUCCCCUAGUGCCACUGGAUUGCCUCUGCCCAAGGCCGACCCCACAGUGGUCAAGACGACCGACGAGUGGAUCGAUGGGCUGCAAGACAAAACACCACACCAGCAGAAACAGACCGUCGGUGACAAAUUGUUCCGCGUUAUUAAAUCAUUUGGAAUCAAGCAAGCACCAAAGCUUACCAUUGCGUUGCUUGACCGUGAGGAUCUUCGCGCGCUUGCACACCUCAUGAAUAGCUACCCUGCUGUGUUGAAGGAAAAAGUGUUGUUAAUCGUCCCCGAGCUCAAGUGA